AUGUCUGUGUCCUCGGGCGACACGGACGUGAAUGACGCAAGGUCGUCGACAGGCCCUGACCUGAUAAAUGAAGGCCAAUCGCUUAUCCCUAACACGCCGGACGUCGUGCAUAGCAUGUUGAACGGUAUAAAGGAUGACAAGGACAAGUUACUGCUUACAUCAAACGUUUUCUGUCUCCUACAACAUGUUAAAUCCCAGGUUUACAAAAACGAGGCUUGCAUUAAGGCGGUAGAGGCUGCAAUGUCGGAGAUCUCGCGCUUGGAGAACACACAAGAAAGAGACGUCUUGCUUCCUCCACAAAUUCCAAAGGACCAAGCAAAAAAAUGGGUAAAUCUGUACUAUGACUCGUAUCAAUUUGAAGGGUUUCGAAUUCCUUUGGAGAAAAGCUUUCUCUUAAGCGUUCCUGACUUGUUGGAGAUACGUCACGUCCACUUGGAUGUUACGUCAAGGCUCAUUUACUACAGUGUGCUGCUUCAGGGGGUUUUGAUGGAUCUGGAUCACACCGUGCAAAGGGGUGGCAUCGUAAAAUCUCUUUAUCGCACAAGCAUUGAACUCGUACCCAGCUGGUUGGACCAAGUCAAGGAUACCCCGGAGGACCUAUUUGCCGCUUUUCUGAUGAUAUCGAUGGCGCUGGAAGGCUGCAAUAGUGAGCUCUCAUGGAAGAUUUUUUGUCAUGCCUGCCGCAUUGCAAGAGCUCUUGGAUAUUUCUCCAUCGACGGGAACCCUAAAGGGCCUGAGAGCCAUAUCCGUCCAGCGCAGGAAUCCUCUGAACAAAAAAACGAGGUAGAGCAAAAUCGAAUGCGAUUCGAAUUUUGGCACCUUCUCCGGACCGACUGCCUUUUUCGUCUCUCGUUCGGUAAGCCAGCGAUGCUCCCUGAAGGGUCAUGGGCGGUUAAUCUCCCUGACCCCUCAAUCACUGGGGUUGAUGAUGCAUCGACGCACUUUAUUCAGAUCCACUUCCUGGCAUCGAUGCGUCUCACCUUAGUGGUCCUGAAAUACUUGGACUUUGUGAAUGCCGAGUCCGAUCAGAAUGCAGCCACAUACGAUAGUUGGAUGGAUGAUCUUAUCGCCGAAGUGGAGGCAAUCUUGUCUAACUGGAAUAUUGAGGAGCUCAUGAGCACAACCAAAGUUCUCAUCGACACGUGGUUCUGUGCAGACAUUCUAUUCACAAGCUACAAGACCAUUAUCAUCCUCUGCCAGGCCAAGAAAUGCAACCGGGACAGUGCCCACUUGCCACGACACACGGUAGACCUCGCCAGAAAGUCCUUGAAAGUGUUUCAAUCUCUUAUGGGUUCGACGGUGCGGUCUUUCUGGGGUAUCAGUAUUCUGUUACUCCACCAAUUCAUAUUUUUCUUCCUUUUAUGUUUGGACAUGAUCGAUUGCCAAGAGCCGGGAAAUUAUGAAGAAGGCCUUGCUUUAGUGAGAUGGGUCAACGAGAUUGCGGUACAGGCAGCGGAGAAUCGACCGGAGCUGGGGCCGAUUACCCUUGUGACAAGAUCAAUGACCGCUGCUUGUGAACAAGUGCGUCUGGGGCGCUAA